AUUAGGAUCAAGAAGAAGAAGAGUUCUUCAAGUGAAUGCAGAAAACGGAGAUUUUUAGGGUUGUUUGAAGCUUUAUGGUCUGAUUCUCUAUGGAGAUGCCUGGUAGCGGGAGGAGAUCGAAUUACAUGUUGCUCAGCCAAUAUCCUGAAGAACAGCAACUGCAACCGCAGCAACAGCCAUCGAAAUUCACUGUUGCAGCUACUGGCCCGUUUUAUGAGAGCCAUUCUGGGGAGAAGAAUAAGGGGAAGACUGACAGGGGUUUUGAUUGGGAUGGGGAUCAUCGGUUGCAACAAGGUGGAGGACGGAUCGGGAAUUUAUUUCCAUCAAUGGGAUUGCAGAGGCAGUCGAGUGGGAGCAGCUUUGGAGAGAGUUCGUUGUCUGGGGAUUACUAUCUCCCUACGCUUUCGAUGACGGCGAAUGAUCCUGAGAUGUUUAGUCACUCGCAGGAUGAUGGGUUUAAGGUUGGUGGGGGAGAGUUGAGGGUGAAGUCGAUUGAUGCGGCGGGGUCUUCUUCGUGUAAGAGUUGGGCUCAGCAGACCGAAGAGAGUUACCAAUUGCAGCUUGCUUUGGCGCUUCGUCUUUCGUCUGAGGCUACUUGUGCCGAUGAUCCUAAUUUCUUGGAUCCUGUCCCCGAUGAAUCGGCUAGCAGAUCAUCCUCAUCGGCUUCUGCUGAGUCUUUGUCUCACCGAUUCUGGGUGACUGGCUGCCUAUCUUACUUUGACAAGAUUCCAGAAGGAUUUUACUUGAUCCAUGGAAUGGAUCCAUAUGUAUGGACUGUAUGCACUGAUCUGCAAGAGAAUGGUCGGGUCCCAUCAAUUGAAUCACUUAGGGCUGUUGAUCCUAAGGAAGAUUUCUCAAUUGAUGUGGUUUUGAUUGACAAACAUAGUGAUCCUGGUUUGAAAGAGCUACUAAAUAGGGUACUUAGCAUUUCUAGUAGCUGCAUUACCACUAAUGAAGUGGUCGAUCAGCUUGCGACGCUUGUCUGCAAUCGAAUGGGGGGUGCAGCUUCUUCUGGAGAAGAUGACUUGGCUUCCCGCUGGAAGGAUUGCAGUGCCAUUCUGAAGGAUUGCUUAAGCUCUAUUGUGCUUCCCAUGGGUAGUCUGUCUGUUGGCCUUUGCAGACAACGUGUUCUGCUGUUCAAGGUGUUAGCAGACACUAUUGAUUUACCAUGCCGAAUUGCUAAGGGUUGCAAAUAUUGUCAAAGAGAUGAUGCUUCCUCCUGUCUUGUGCGGUUUGGACUUGACAGGGAAUAUUUGGUUGAUUUGAUCGAGAAGCCUGGAUGCUUGGGUGAGCCUGAUUCCUUGCUUAAUGGUCCAUCUACAAUCUCAAUAUCGUCUCCAUUGCGUCUUCCAAAAUUCAAACCAGUUGGAACUACUCAGGAUUUCAGACUGUUGGCCAGACAGUACUUCUCAGACUGUCAAUCACUUAAUCUUGUGUUUGAUGAUGCUUCUGCGGGUUCUGCUAUUAAUCAAGAAGAUGCUGCGGAGUCACUGUUCCAUAAACAUUUUGACAGGCCAAACAUGGAUCGUAACGUUUCCCCCGUCACAAAUGACAAUGAUGAGAGUUUUUUAUCACCUCUGCCCCAAAGAGCUGAUUGGCAGGAUGUACAUGAUAGAGAAUCCCAAGUACAAAAUUUAUGCAAUCCCGUGGAGAAUGUUAUGAUUCCAAAACAAUUUGUCAAAGAUUCUGUCCAACUAAAACCAAUUGCACCUAACAGGCAUAGAGACGUCCAAUGGGCUGAUACUAGUAAAGAUUUAAGAUUCCCUGAGGGAAGUGUACCUAGUAAAUCAAGUACUGAACUUUCUCUUGAGGUCGAAGACUUGGACAUUCCUUGGAGUGAACUUGUUUUAAAGGAGAGAAUUGGAGCAGGUUCUUUUGGAACUGUCCAUCGUGCUGAUUGGCAUGGCUCGGAUGUUGCUGUGAAGAUUCUUAUGGAACAAGAUCUUCAUGCAGAGCGCUUCAAGGAAUUCUUGAGAGAGGUUGCAAUAAUGAAACGACUACGACAUCCAAACAUCGUUCUUUUCAUGGGUGCUGUUACUCAGCCUCCAAACUUGUCUAUAGUCACGGAAUAUUUAUCAAGGGGCAGUUUAUACAGGCUAUUGCAUAGACCAGGUGCAAGAGAAGUGUUGGAUGAAAGACGUCGGUUGAAUAUGGCAUAUGAUGUGGCAAAGGGAAUGAAUUAUCUUCACCGCCGUAAUCCUCCCAUUGUUCAUAGAGAUUUGAAGUCUCCAAAUCUUUUAGUGGACAGAAAAUAUACCGUUAAGGUAUGCGAUUUUGGUCUUUCCCGUUUGAAGGCAAAUACAUUUCUUUCAUCUAAAUCAGCAGCAGGAACUCCUGAGUGGAUGGCCCCUGAAGUUCUCCGUGAUGAGCCAUCAAAUGAAAAGUCGGAUGUUUACAGUUUUGGGAUAAUCUUGUGGGAACUUGUGACGCUGCAACAACCUUGGAGUAACUUAAAUCCAGCUCAGGUGGUAGCAGCUGUUGGAUUCAAGGGUAAAAGGCUUGAAAUUCCAAGCAAUGUAAAUCCUCAAGUCACUGCCUUAAUUGAGGCUUGCUGGGCUGAUGAGCCAUGGAAGCGUCCUUCCUUUUAUGGUAUUAUGGAAUCUCUGAGGCCAUUGGUCAAACCUCCAAUGCCUCCUCCGGUCCGUGCAGACGUGUCACCACUUACCUGAAGGGGUGGUGUACCUGCGAGUAGAAUCCGUGAAUGUGCAUCUGGUAUCUUAUUGAUGAUCCAGCGGGUUGCAGGAGUACAUGUUGCCUGAAUUCCUUCGGGUAAGCCAAUCUGAGGAAUCAUUUUAUAGGGAACAAUUUGAGAUUCCAUGCGUUCCUUUGCUUAUUUGAUUUCAUGUUCCAUGUGCAAGAAUUCCUGACCUAUCCAAUUUAUGCACCCCACCUAGAUGUUCUAUGGCCAAACAUCAACUGUGUAUGUGAUGCUAUACUUCCAAAAUAAAGGAAGUAAAGACUUUGGUUGUGUAAAAAACUGGGUUGA